AUGACAAAAUAGCUUCCAUUUAGUUAAAGAGAAAGAAUGAGUCUUAUCGAUUAGCUUUUUAAUGAAGGCUAAUAGAAAUAAAAGACUUUACCUUAGAACAUCCCUUCAAUCAGUGCAAAACCAAAUGUUAAGAAAUCAGGCCUAAUCAUAAAAUCUUUUGAGUAUUAGAAUUCAUUUAAAGAACAACCAACAAUAUAUAAAGAUAAACUGUCUAAUAUUUACUCAAUCAAUUAAUUAAUUGUGUAAAAUCCUCAAAAAUAAUAAUUGGAAUAUUCGUAAGUAAAGAAUUCUCAAUAUAAAUUACUGGAAUUCUUAAAACCUAUUAAAUAUAAGAAUUAAAAGAAAAAAGACAAUUUUAGAUUGCAUAAUAGUGAAAGCUAUUUAAACAAUUAAUAGAAAUUACCUAAUUUGUCUUCAAGUAUCAAUACGAAUAUUAAAACAUGUAAUUCAUAUAGAAUUUAAGUAAGAUAAUCAUUUUAAGAUAUAAUUAAAUGCAAAAUAUGCUUCACAUAUAUUGAAUAUGAUAAUUUUUAAUUAUCUUGCAAGCAUAGCUUCCAUAGAGAUUGUUUGAAAGAUUAACUUAACUAAUAAGUAAAAUAAGGAUAAUACCACUUAAAGUGUAUUAGUUGCAACGAAAGAAUAAAAAACUAAUAGCUGAGAAAUCUAUUAAACAAGAGUAUGAUUGAAUUAUACUACUUAAAUUAAAUUAAAUUCAUUGUUUCAAGAUAUCACAAUACAGUAAAAUUUGAGAAGUGUAAAAAAUGUUUCUUUUUUUGGAUUAAACUAUCUUUAUCAAAUACUUAUGAACCCUUCUGUCAGAUUUGUGAAUCAAAUAAAUGA